GGAGGAGCAGAGGGUCUGCAUGCUAGCGGCUGCCUGCCAUGCUGAGCUGCCUGCCGGGGCCAAGCGACCACCCCUUCCAGCUGCUUCCGUACCCGCAGAUGAACGCUGGACCUCAGAAAUGGGACACUACACAGAAAAUGAGAGCCGCACAGCACCCCACUCCAGCCGAGUUGGACGCGUAUGCUAAGAAGGUGGCCGACCACCCUCUGACUAUCAAAAUUUUCCCCAACAGCGUCAAGGUGCCCCAGCGGAAGCACGUCCGCCGCACUGUGAACGGGCUGGACACCUCCGGGCCGAGGUACAGCCCGUACCCGCCGUCGCAGGCCGCCGUGAAGGCGGGCCUCCUGGCCAUAGUCCGCCGGCCGGCCAAGGGCGUCGUCAAGGACUUUGACGGGAGCCGGACGCGCCCGCUGCCGGACGCCAUGAUGAACCCCCCCUCCGCCCCCUACCCGGCACCCAGCACUUUGGGCCACCCCGCGGGCCUGGCCCGCCCGCCGGCCCUGCCGCACCUCCACGGCCUGGCCCCGCUUCCUCAGGGCAUCCCCCCGGCCCUGCAGCCGCCGCCGCCGCAUCCCGCCGGCCACUUGCUCCAGCCGCCGCCGCCGCCGCCGCCCCAGCCCGGCCUGCACGGGGGCCGGAAGAUGGCCGACGCCGACGCGCCCCCCAACGUGACCGUCUCUACCUCGACCAUCCCGCUCUCCAUGGCCGCCGCGCUGCAGCACAGCCAGCCGCCGGACCUAACCCGCAUCGUGCGCCAGAUCAGCCAGUUCUGCCAGGCCCGGGCGGGCAGCGGCGCCACCUCCGUGUGCGAGGGGCAGAUCGCCAACCCCAGCCCCAUCGGCCGCAGCCUGCUCAUCGCCGCCAGCAGCCGGGUCUCGGCCCGCCACGCCCCCGCGCCCCCGCCCGCCUGCGCGGCCCACCCCGGGGAGCACGCCGGGGCCCCGCCGGGGGUCCCGCUGGGCGGCCUCGGCCGGGCGCCCGCCUCGUACCAGAGCGACCUGAAGCAGCUCGGCGCCUGGAACCAGCACCAGCUCGCGCACCUGCAGCAGCUGUGCGGCGAGGCCCCCGUGGGGCCCCCCGGCCCGAUGGGCAAGCCCCCCGUGCGGGAGCUGCCCCGGCAGGCCUUCGCCGGCAAGGCCCCCGGCUACGCCCUGGAGCUGUGCGGGGGGCCGCCCUUCGGCGCCAAGCCCCCGCUGGAGAAGCCGCCGCCCUCGCCGCCCGCCAACGGCCUGCCCGGCCCGGCCCACUACGCCAACGGGCACUACUUCCAGCCCCUCUGGAGCACCCUCCUGCCCACCCCCAACAGCGACAGCUCGGGCUCCCAGGACCUGGGCGCCCCCUUCCACGGGGCGGGGGGCCUGCCGCCCGCGGGGGCCGCCCUGGAGUGCGCGGCAGGACCCCUCCAGAGAGCCGGCCCGGGCGGCCCGCUGCAGACGGCCGAGUACCUGGGGGGCGCCUUCCAGCACUCCUGCCUCCGCGAGCCGGGCGGCGGGGGGGCGCUGGGGAAGGCCCCCCUGCGCCCCGGCCUGCCCCGCGGGGCCGAGCCCAGCGACAGUCGUGGCCUUCACAUCCAGCACCCAGGGUACAGAUAAGGCAGAGGCCGCCCACGGACGGACGGACGGACGGACAGAA